AUGACGCAAAAAAAGAAUUCUGAUUCCCCAAAAGCCAACACAACAACAAAGAAAAAAAAAGCUAAAACAACAAAAGUGGAAGAAUUGGAAUUAAAUAAUUCAUCAAAUAAAUUAAACAAAGAUGAUUUGGACGAGAUUGUAGAUUAUAUUUUGAGUGAUAAACCACCGCCAUCAUCCCAGAUAUGUGCAAUGCUAAAGUGUAAACAAAGUCUUAAAAUUAUGAGUCAUAAUUGUCAAUAUUGCAAUAUGAAAUUUUGUACAUCGCAUAGACAUCCUGAAGCACACUCACAAAAAUGUGUAGAAAAGGCAAGAGAUACGGCACACAAUUUGUAUAAACAAGAUUCAAUUCGCCUAAUUACGGAAGAAAGAAAAAAUCCAGGAAUAAUUAAUAAGAAAAAUUAUAAUGCUGAAAAAAAUAAAGAUGAAUUAAAAAAAAGAUAUAAAGAAAAGUUAAACAAAAAAAGACAAGAAGAAAGAGGCAGCAGUGUUAUAUAA